AUGAGCGCGGUGUCCGGCAAAGCGACGUCGACGGUUGAGGCGCCGCGGCAGGCAGGGACCGAUCUGCUGCUGCGAAAGCUACCUCUCCUCGCCAAGGCUCAGGCGCUUGGGGAACAACACCCGUACGAUCCACAGGCGGAAUGCAAUUUGCUCUGCUACGGGCCGGAUGUGUAUCGCAUUCACUCGAUUGCGCGCCGCCGAGAUGACCGCGGCCCCCUGCAGUCGCGGCGCCGCGGACGCCUAGGCGAGGACGAGGACGAAGAGAAGAGAAGGUUAUCAGAGAUGGAUGCGGUGGUGGCGCUUCCAACGCACAUGCCGUUUCUGGCCGUGAUGGAGUCGGAGCUUCGCAAGUCAAUGGACUCCCUGCAAGACGCCGACGGAAGGAAGCCUGGCGUGGAGGGGGAGACUGCGAAUGCGGGAACUGCGAGGAGUGCCGCGAAUUCCACCGGUGACAGAAAGAGGAAGAAGAGGCAUGGGGCGAGUUGGGAGCCUCAGAGGAAGGGGAGUCGUGCAAGCGAUGAAGAAGAACCUGAUGCUGAUGACGGCGGUGCGGAUGAAGGAGCAAAAGGACUUUUUGGCGCCACAGGAGCGGGGGCGGAGGCUGCGUUGGGGGGCGAGGAGGAUGCCUUGCUGCGUGCCAUUCGUGAGCCACGGGCGGCGGUGCGUGCGGGGGAUACAGCAACCCCAGCGGGGGCGGUGGGCUUCAGCAACUCCACAAACGUCACUCGCAACGGUGCCGCGCGUGGCGGAGUUGGGGGCGUUCGCCUGCCGUGGGAACACAUGCUGAGCAGCAUCAUGAGCCACUACGGCGCUGCCGAUGAUGUCAAGGGCGGGGACGCUGUCCAGUCGUACCUCCGCCGAGUGGCAUGGAUCGAGCAGCAGAAGAAACUGCAGCCGGGGCUCGGCGCGGCUGCGGAGAUGCUUCACCGCAAUGAGCAGCCGUGGGUGAGCAUGACGGAUGCGAUGCGAGUGCAGAAGGAGAUGCAGCGCGUGCGACUUCAACGAAAACGAUUUCGCCGUUCGCAUAAACCGAAGGCCGAGUAG